GCUUUAUCUGAAUUCUGAUCAAUCAUAUGUUUCGCCGUUGAGUCAAAACUUCACGAUAGGUCGCGUGCCGACACCCGGACGAGAUGAGCGAACCGGGAAACGCUCUCUUGGCAAGGGAUGUUGACGUCUUACUGCUUUGGCGAGAUCCCAACUGUCAAAUCAAGGUCUCGAAAAUCAGCCUGAAGUCUGGGCGAGGCUUGAGCUAAGGGACUUGGCAAAUCUCUACCGUGUUUAUGUCGAUCCAGGUUGAAUGCGAUCUCCCGUCUUUAUCCUUAGACUCCUGGUUCUACCGGAGCGUUGGGAGAACAUAUGGAGCAGGGUCGUUCGGAGAAAAGCGCAGAGCCGCCGAAGGUCUCUCGCCUCGGAAUCAUACGCUCAAAGAAAGCAAUUGCGGCUUUCAUAGCAUUUGCGUGUCUUCUUGUCGCGACCGUUAUCUUGGUUGCUCUUGCGGCGACAGGCACGAUUGGCGCAAACGAUGCUUCUGAUGAGUUUGUCACCGAGAAAGAGUUAGCCAGUGAUGUAAGCAUGCCAGGCCCAGGGUCGACGCCGACAUCUGAUGCCUCCGAAUCUACAUCUUCAGCAUCGGCCAAACCAUCUGUUACCCCAUCGGUUGUCAACUCUGUCGCAAAUCCACAUGGUAUUCCUUUGAGGAUCAUGGCUCUUGGAGCCUCCAUCGUCAAGGGCGAGACUUCCCCUGGCUACUUGGGCUUUCGAAAGCCCAUGCGCGAUGAAUUGGUCGACCUAGGUUUCACAGUAAACAUGGUGGGGUCCGUACGAUUGGGUGACUUCAUCGACAAUGACGUCGAGGCCUACGGCGGCAAAAAGAUCUUGGAGAUGCUGGAAUACGCCAAGGAGGCCGUACCUAAGACAUUGCCUAAUUUGUUCGUCAUCAACCUCGGGACCAAUAACCUCCUGCAGAAUAAGGACGUUGACAAAGUCGGCCAACAGAUGAAGGAGUUGAUCGACUAUCUAUUGACUGCUUCGAGCAAGUCGACAGUCGUCAUGAGCACGAUGCUGACCAACAAGGUCCCCGACAAGGAACCCAUAGUCUUGGAUAUGAACAAGCAAUACCGAGACAUGAUGAAAGACUUCGAUGCACAUCAGAAGCCGGUCGUACUAGCUGAGAUGCAUCCCAGCGAAGGGGGUUCUGAGGUUCCCACGGUAGAUGACAUCGGACCCGAUGGCUCACAUCCCACAGUCGAGGGGUACGAGAUGAUGGCACGUAUUUUCGUCAAGGCGAUCCAGGAGGCCGAGGAAAAGGGAUUCCUCCGUAAAGCCGUCGAUAAUGGUAUACCGGAAGAUGGAGAUGCUGAGAGAACUGGGUGAAACAGCAGCUGAGAAAUAAGAGGGCUGAUAAUUACUAGGAUGAAUCACUUAUCCUUAAUAUCCCUGGGGCGAUCAUCUACUGAUUCAACUCCGCUGAGGCCAGACAACGAUUUCGCACGUCAGCAAUAAUAUUAGUAGGGUUGGGGAAAUGGUGGAUUAACUCUUAAAGAUAU